UUUGGUGGGGAAGCCUAUUAUUAGGAGAUGGAUUGCGAAAUAUCAACGUGUCCCUCUUAUCUUUGAUGAAAAAUGUCAAAUAUCAAAGAUGCGACAAAGAGCUUGUUUCGUCUCGGGUACUGAUCAUCAUUUAUCAUUUAUCAUUCUUUCACCAAAUCACCAUUAUUAACUUAAGAUUAUAAAUAUCAUUUUCACUGCAGAGAAGCAUCUAGAUUUAUUUUGGAGCACAUAAACUUUGACUUUUAGUAGUAGAUAGAGAUGCUAGUCAAUAGGAGUCCACCUUCACAUCCACACACCUGUGACACUUCAGAUCCUAGUGGGUCAUAGGGAUGUAUCAGAGAGACAAAAUAUCAAGCCUCGGUUCUCUUUGAUUGUAUAUUUCUUUUAACUUGUCUUGUGGGUCUAUUAGAAGAUUUCUUGGUAUUGUAUUAUACUCGAUACAUUCUUUAUAAUUCCUAAAUACUGUGAUUCUAUUUAGUGUUGGAGAUAAUAAAUCUUCAGUAUCUUUACAAUAGUUUGAUCAUCGCAUUUCACCAAGGCUGUAUUGGAUUAUGAUUGUCUCUAAGCCAAACUUGGGUUAGAAGCGAUGCAUGUGUUCUUCACACGAUUACUGACCAACGAUGAUCUAACAUGUCUGUCGGAGACAUGGCUUCUUUAUCAGGGCAUAAAACCAACUGCCGCCGGAAAGCUCUAACUUCCGGUGAAUCUACAAAACCGAAUCAAAGGCUUCUUAGGAUUAUCGUCACCGACGCCGACGCUACUGAUUCCUCUAGUGAAGAUGAACUGAUUUUGGGAUCAAGAACAGCCAUUAGGCGACAAGUAAGAGAAAUCACUAUUAAACGUUACUCUGUUCCUGAUAGUUCUUCACCAAAAUCCCCCGUUUCAGAGAUUUGCAAGAAGCGGAACCCCAGAUCACGAAGGUCUAACAAUUCUUGUCGCCGGAAUAAGUUCAGAGGAGUCCGGCAGAGACCAUGGGGCCGAUGGGCAGCGGAAGUUCGAGAUCCGAUUCUCCGGAAACGGAUUUGGCUCGGAACCUUCGAUACGGCGGAAGAAGCAGCGGCGGUUUACGACCGAGCUGCUAUAGAACUCCAGGGUCCAAACGCCGCAACGAACUUCUCCGGCGACGGAGCAGUUAAAUCGGCGGUGGAGGGCAGUAGCAAGGAGGAGGAGGAGGAGGAGGAGGAGGAGGAGGGAGGCGUAGAAUCGCGGAAAACGACGGCGGCUUGGUCGCCGACUUCGGUGCUCCAUUACGACAGCUUUUUGACUCCGAUUGAGGAGAUGGGGUAUUGUGGAGAGGUGGAUGAGUUGGGAUUGGAGAUUGGAGCUGCAAGUUUACCGACGGCGAGGAGGCAGUACGGCGGCGAAGAGGAAUUGGGGGAGAUUGAGUUGGACUUGGACUAUUUCUUGGUUGACGUAAUUUACUAACGACGUGGAGUCUCUAUUAAUAUUCAACGACGUUACCAAUUUAAUAAUAGCGAUUAUAAUUAUAUAUGUUAUCUAAUUAAAUAUUAGAUGAAUUUUGUGAUGUGCCUAAAUUUGUAAAUCACAAAGUAUCUGGGAGUGUAAUUUUGUGCAUUUCUUUUCUUUUUUUGGCUUCAAAUAAGUAUGAUGAUAUUUGGAAUUGAAGUUUUAAAUUUUAAAAUAGGAAAUAGUUACCUUUUUCUUUUUGUAUUAAAAAUUUAAGAAAAAUAGGGGGAAAGAGGUUUAUGAUGAACAGAAUGUCAAAGUAGUAAGUUUCUAUGUGUUUGCUUUGCUUUUUCUAUAAAUGUUAUUCUUUGUUGGGUUACUAGUAAA